UCCCGGGCGACACGAAUUGCUACUUGUUUCCUAGAGAAACUGGCUCCUCCUGCGGGGAAGCCUUCGAGAUGCCCCCGCGAGCCUUCCAUUCACGGCGGUGGGCAGGAGGGCGAUUCCGACGGCAGGAAUAUUAUGAAGUGGUGUGUCUGAAUAAAUAUAAACAAUACCAAAGAGACCAAAAAAUAAAACGCAUAGAAGAACUUGCGUUGCUGCAAGGAAGAGAGCUGGCUGAAAAAAACGUCACAAUAAGAGCUUUGGAAGAGGAGAACAGCCAUUUAGCCAGCAAAGUGGCUGUUCUUUUAAGGGAGAAUGAGGAGCUGGAGAAGAAAAUAAAAGACAAUCCAGAAAGAGAUGCUGACAGAGAUAUGUAUAAGGAGUAUGAGGUGCUAAAGGACAAAUACGAGAUGUACCAGAAAGUCAUCAGAAGAGCAAAGACUGAGGUCUCAAAAGAAAGGGAAAAAACCAGAGAACUGGUAAGGGCUCGGGAUCAGGCAAUUGAUGACGUCUGCUCUGAAAUUGUAUCCCUACCAGUCCGGGGAAGACCAAGACGUCUCUGCCAGAGAAGUGUCCACAGAAACACCUGAUUGCGUUCAAAAGAAUCUAGGCGUCAAGCUGUCAGCACCGGCCCCUCCAGCAACUGAAUCAGAGGAGGAGGUGGCGUGGGAUUCAGGGUCAGCAGCAAUGCCCCUGGUCAGUCGAUGCCCCAAGGCCCUGAAACAGGGUGGCGGACUUUGACAGAGUAUGUUAGUGAGUUCCAUCUUUGUACAAACGCCAUGUGCCAAGUAAAUAACUAAAUAAUAAACCUGCUUAUGAACAUCUUUCAAA